UUAUUAACUUCUCUUUGAUCCAAGCAGGGAGUCCCAUGUUUUUUCGCUUUCGCUUGCUGCGAUGCAGGAACUACCGCAGCUUAAAUAUUUAAGGUCGUCCUCCCCACUUUCGGCACUUGUGGUUCCUUCUCUCUCGAUCAGCUCUUCUUAACUUCAAGUUGAUAGCGAGUCUACAAAACUCGAACAUAACAAGCUUUGGAUAACUCUCUCGUAGAUCAAAAAUCACCUCAAUCAUGUCUGGAAAGGGUUCUUCUGGCUCCAGUAGCUCUAGCAACUCCCUCGGUAGCCCAUAUACUAUCAAUAGCAGUGGUACCAACAGUCAAGGCAACAGCUAUGACAACCGCUCCACUCCCUCCGGUGAAGCUUAUCACUACAGCAAUAGCAAUGGUUCCUACUACUAUGCUAAUGGCAACGGAUCCACCUAUUACUAUGGCAGCAGCGGUUCUACCUAUACUGCUCCCAGUGGUACUUCGUACAAGAAGUAAGCUAGAAGCUCUUGCGUCUAGCUACUUGGUUGGCAUUCUUGCGAUGGGUGUUAGUUUGUGCGGACCAGUUCUGGCCAGUUCUGGGUAGAUAAUUGGGGGUUUUUUGAAGGGUAGAAUGGCUUGCCAGGAUCUAUGUCUUGAUUGUUUUCGGGAUGUGAGGGUUUGGUUCUGACAAGAGUUUGACCUGAAUUCGCCUCUGAGAAUCAUGCUUUUGUCUGACGCGUGCCUGGUGUGAUGUGAAGUUAUUGAGACUGCCAUUGCUUUGUUCUUUGAUUUCUUCACGCCCAGCUUCUAGCUUACACUUUACAGUGAUUUUCUCAAGAACCGCGCAGUACCUGUC